AUGGGCCUCAGUGGAGCUAAACCUGCUACCACUCCUAUGGAAACUAGUCCGAAACUAACUACAGUUGAAUAUGGUAAGCUCAAUGGCAUGAUGGGAGAUGUCACAUUACAGGAUCCUACUUUGUGCCAGAAGCUGAUUGGGAAACUUAUGUAUGCUACUAUUACACGACCAGACAUCAACUAUGAUGUUCAAACAUUAAGUCAAUUCAUGCAGCAUCCUAAGAGAUCACAUUGGGAAGCUGCACUUAGAGUGGUGAGAUACCUGAAGAAUGCUCCAGGUCAAGAGCUUGCCCAAAUACUCGCAGAUCAGUCACAGGCUAUGCCAUCAAAUUUUGAGAGUAUUCGGUGUCUUGGAAGUCAAAAAAAUAGCAAACUGUGUCGAGAAGUUCAGCUGAAGCUGAAUAUAGAAGCUUGCCUUCAGCUGUAG